AUGCAAGUACAGGAAGCGACGUAUUCAAACAUCAAACCGUCUGCCGUUAACAAACUCAGUCCUGUUUGUGGUGUUUCAUGUUUAAGAGACAUGGGAGUCGACCUAAGCGAUGCAUUUCAACGUUUAGUACUCAGCAGGCAUUUCGGAAGCUGGGCUGAAUUCGAAAGUGCGUUAAGUGAAUUCCAACGUAUUACUCAUACUCAUUACAUUCAUGCUGAAAGUAAAGUUAUGAAGGACGUAAAAUUUAAAUAUAUGUUUGUGGUGUUUCAGUGUACGUUUGGUCAUAAGCGUAAACCACAAGGUUUAGGACUGAAGAAAAAACCGUCCAAGUUCCUGAAUUGUCAAUCAACAUUUCGUGUAACUUUGGAACUCGGAGAAUAUAUCAUAAAAUCAUUCAAGAUGUUCCACAAUCAUCCUUGUAGUGACUUUUGGAUGGUCUGUGAUCCAUGGACUAGAAGAAUAUCCUCAGAAGAUAAAGAAAAUAUGAAGUCAGUACUGUUACAAUCACCAGUAGGUGAAGUAACAAAAAGUGUUAGGGAACGAAUCGGCAAGCAGAUCACACCUGGAGAUGGGAAAACUAUAAAAGCUCAAUUGCCCAUUGGGUACGGCACGCGAAUUAAAGUAUGUACGUUGAGACAGGACUGUGGACCAAGAAGCAGUUGUGAGCAAGUGGAAUCACAUCAUAAAUAUCCAAAAGUCGCAGGUAACAAUCCCAGGCACAAUAAAAGUCGAAAGAAUAGUGGACAAUUGUUACUUAAGAGUCGCCAGGCUGAGUCUACUAAAAACCUACCAUCACUAAUCUUACAUUGUUUAACAUAUAGCCUACCUUAUUCUACUCAAAAGGGAGAGAAUACAGAACGACUUAUAACCUAA